CUCUCCCAGCAACAGGUCUAAAUCCCGUCUGUGCUCGGCUGUGCAAAGCUUGUGUUUGCUGUGAACAAAGGCCUGAAUUCAUUUCUUUUCAUGUAUUGUUCCUGAUUUACUGUAAACUGGAGCAAUGAUGUUUCGGGCAGCAGUCGAGCAUGCUAAGAAGCACCCCGGUCUCAUCCCCCAGUUCUUCUUCAUUUGUUUGGGAAUGGGCGGAGCAUCCUUGUAUCUGAUCCGGCUGGCCAGAGGACCCCAUGUUACCUGGGACAAGACCAACAACCCAGAGCCAUGGAAUAAACUUGACCCAACUUACCAGUACAAGUUUGUGGCCAUCACCACAGACUACAAAAACCUGAAGAAAGAGGGACCUGACUUCUGAAUCUCACAAACCAGAGUGUAAUUAAAAAACAA